AUGGACUGUAUGGUCGACUUCUCAAAGGCACCAAAAGACACAUUUGCUGUUACAGUGUCGAAGCUGAAACAAGAUAUGUUUACUGCUGGAACUAACACCACAUACACAUUGCUAGAAUGGGUAAUGGCAGAACUUUUAAGGCACCCAGGAAUUAUGAAAGAAAUGCAAGAUGAGAUGAGGGGGAUCAUUGGAAGCAGACCCAACAUUACAGAAGAGGAUAUAGAACAAAUGCACUACUUGAAAAUGGUGAUCAAGGAGACACUGAGGCUACACCCUCCAAUUCCUCUGUUGAUUCCACGAGAAUCAACUCAAGAUGUCAAAAUACAAGGCUAUGACAUUCCAACCAAAACAAGAGUAAUCAUCAAUUCCUGGGCGAUUAUGAGGGACCCAUUGUCUUGGGAGAGAGCAGAGGAAUUUCACCCAAAGAGGUUCAUGAAUGCUGCUGGGAGUUCUAUUGAUUUCAGAGGUCAUGAUUUUCAAAUGAUCCCAUUUGGGGCUGGUAGGAGGGGAUGCCCUGGAAAGGAAUUUGCUGCUGCCAUUAAUGAACUUGUAUUAGCAAACCUUCUACACAAGUUCGACUGGACAUUACCCAACAGAGCAAGUGGGAAGGACUUAGAUAUGGAAGAAGAUUCUGGGAUAACAAUUCACAAGAAAUCUCCUCUCCUUGUUGCAACCCCUCACUAUUGUUAUCAUGAAUAG